AUUCAUUUUGCUCACAAGGUUCCUAUGUUCUGUUAUCAGUAACAAAUUAAACAAUUUGUGAAAAAGCGCGAAGGAAAAAGCAUGAAACCAAUUAUAUUUGCUAUAAAUAUAGAAAAAAGUUGACAAAAAAAAAAAAUAAUAAUAAUAGUUAUGAAGUAUGCAAACAUUGAGUUGCAGGUGAACUUUGUUUUGAUGCAAGAUUCUAAAUAGUUAGUUUAAUUUCUAUUAUUACGUGAUGUUGGCCAAGUGUUCACGCGUUUACGCAAACCAAUUACAACAAGGUGCAUUUAGAUGUUUCAACAAAAUGGCGUCAUCGCAGGUCAAAGUACAAAUACGACAAGGCGUUGUUAUUGGCCGAGAAGAUCUUCUGCCUAAUGGUGAAACAUAUCACAGCUUUCAAGGAGUGCCUUAUGCUGUGCCGCCAAUCGGUGACUUACGAUUUAGAUCGCCUAUACCAUUGGAAUCUUUCGAUAAGCCUGCCUUAGACUGCACUCGUGAAAGGGACCCAUGCCAUCAGCGCGAACCUUUAACCAACAAAAUAUUGGGUUCCGAGGAUUGUCUUCACCUUAAUGUAUUUGCACCAGCGAAACCCACGACAGCAGGCCCAUUGCCAGUUAUGGUUUGGAUACAUGGCGGAGGAUUUUUAUUUGGUUCCAGCCAAAACACGUUGCCUUUGAGUUUAAUAUCUGAGGAUGUUAUAGUUGUGACUUUGAAUUAUCGCCUUGGUGCUUGGGGAUUUUUAUGUCUGCCCGAGGAAGGCAUUUGGGGUAAUGCAGGUCUAAAAGAUCAGCGCUUGGCAUUGCAGUGGGUUCACGAUAACAUCGCCCAAUUUAAUGGCGAUCCUAAUAAUAUUACGCUUUUUGGCGAAAGCGCUGGCGCCGCAAGCGUUCAUUUACAUACCAUGGCCUCACAUUCACAUAAACUCUUCCAUAAGGCUAUUAUGCAAAGUGGCACUGCUAAUAUGGAGUGGGUUUUCCAACAGAAUCCAGAGAACAAAGUGCGACGUUUGUGUGAAUUGCUGGGUUGUCAGUCGCGAAACACACGAGAUAUGCUACACUUUCUGCAAUCACAUGAUAAGGUGAAACCAGAAGAAGUUCUUGCCUGCAAUUUACCCGUAUUAACAGCAGACGAACGCCGCCGUGGUCUACCACUUGCCUUUGGUCCUGUCAUCGAGGACGUCAGUAGUACAGAUAAGUUUCUAAGCAAACCAGUUUCAGAACUUAUAAAACAAAAUAACACUGCAAUCAUGCCAACAAUAAUUGGUUACAACUCAGCUGAAGGCAUGGUAAUGAUGGUGAAUGCUGUGCGUAAAUUGGAAGAGAUAAAUAAGGAUUUGGCUCGUUUCGUGCCGCGUAACAUACCUCUGCCUACAGACCAUACUGAAUUAAAAUAUUUAGCAGAAAAAAUGCGUGAGUUUUACUUUAACGGUCAACAAAUCACAUAUGAUCAAUUAGAUGCCAUGACCAAUUUAUUGUCUGAUUAUCACUUCGUGGUGGACUUGCAACAGGCUGCGAAGCUACAGGUGCAAUACAAACCAAACUCGCCACUCUAUUGCUAUCGAUUUGAUUAUACCGGUGGUAGGGAUUUAUUGAAACGUCUCUUUCAUAUGGAAAGUUUGCCAGGUGCAUGUCAUGCAGACGAAUUGAACUAUCUCUUCCAAACCCCACGUAUCGAUUCAAGAAAGUUUGCAGAGAAGGAUAAACUUAUUAUCAAACGACUUAGUGCAUUGUGGACAAAUUUUGCUCGUUAUGGUAAUCCUACACCAGCCGAAAGCGAUUUCACUAGAGAUUUGGGCUGUGUUUGGACGCCUACAAAUGGUGCAGCUAAGGAAGAAAACAUCAGCUUGGAUUGUUUUAUUAUUGAUGAAGAAUGUAGAAUGUUGCGGAAUCCGGAUGCGGAGCGCAUAGAAUUCUGGAAGGAAAUAUAUCAACGAUAUCCCCCCUUGGAUUAUUCACGAACUAGUGCAAAGUUAUGAUGUGGAGAAUUAUUUUAGUAUGCUAAAGUUAUUUAUGGGAAUUCAAGUACAGCUCAAUACUCAAGUGCACGAUAUUACUAUUUUAUGUGCUAGUGCUUGUUUAACACAAAAAAAUACUCACUAUGCAUAAAUAGUUACUGCCUUAGUUAAUAAUAUUUGUACAUAUGUAUGUAUACAUAUAUGUUAAUAGGGAAUUUUAUAAAUAAAAUUC